AUGGCCACCUCCAAAGCCCCUCAGCCUGUCGAACAACAUCAGGAUGAAAUGCAGGCUGUUGAGCCGCCAAAGGCAACAGCCCCUGGUGUCCCUGAGAUUAGGUAUCCUGACUUCCUACUAGCGUCCAUCUUGUACUUGGCCUUGCUCUUGGCCAUGUUUCUCGUGGCAUUGGACAUGAGCAUUAUCGCAACAGCCAUUCCCACCAUCACCAAACAGUUCCAUGCAGUCGAUCAGGUGGGCUGGUAUGGCUCCGCCUUUUUCAUGACACUGGCCGCAUUCCAGUCCUUCUGGGGCAAAGCGUACAAAUACUUCCCAUUGAAAGUCGUCUUCCUGCUAUGUAUUGGCCUGUUUGAAGUCGGCAGUCUGAUUGUCGCCGUUGCAGAGAAUAGCGUGACUGUGAUUGCCGGACGCGCGGUUCAGGGUCUCGGUGGUGCUGGUGUCACUGGUGGGUGUUAUACCAUCUGUGCGUUCAUCACUCGACCAAGGUUGUUGGCUACCAUGCUUGGGAUGUUUAGCGUGGUUUGGAGCUGUUCGUCUGUGCUUGGCCCGGUGCUGGGGGGAGUCUUCACCCAGGAUGUUUCGUGGAGAUGGUGUUUCUGGGUCAAUUUGCCUGUUGGUGGUACGACAAUGAUCAUCAUCUUGCUGUUUUUUAAAACACCCCCGCACUCUCGUGUUGCUUCCACUACUUGGAGAGAGGUGCCUGUGCUUUUCGACCUCCCCGGCAUCGUCGCUCUGCUCGGAUCGUUGAUUUGCCUGCUCGUGGCGCUGGAAGACGGUGGUGUUACGAAACCGUGGAAUAACAGCGUCCCCAUCGGCACGCUGAUCGGUUUCGGUUUGUUGGCUAUUCUGUUUGUGUUCAUCGAAUGGAAACAGGGUGAGCGGGCAAUGAUUGUGCCACGCAUUAUGAGGCGGCGAACAAUCUACACUCUCGCUUUGUUUAACGUGUGCGCGCAAGGUGGUGGGUUUGCGAGGACGUACAAUUUGCCCGACUACUUCCAAGCUGCUCAGGGGGUUUCAGCCUCCGAAUCCGGAAUCCGUACUCUGCCUACGGUCUUGACUGUUUCAAUCUUCAGCUUAGCUGGCUCUAUACUACUCGGAAAGGUCGGCUACUACCAACCGUUCCUUUGGGUCGGCGCAACUUUCAUGACGGUCGGUGCAGGUAUGAUAUACAGUCUUGUCCCCAGCUCUCCGGCAGCACAUUACAUAGGGUAUCAAGUCCUAGCAGGCAUUGGGACAGGGCUAGUGAUUCAACUUCCUGUUAUUGUGGGACAGGCGAUUGCCCAGCGUUCAGAUAUGGCUGUUACCAUCGCUAUUUCGCUCUUCUACCAGUUCAUAGGUGGCACAAUCGGUGUCUCUGUGGCCCAAAACAUCCAGAAUCACGUACUGAUAAACUCGUUGCCCACGAACAACCCCAACAUCACCGCUGCCAAAGUGAUGGAAGCUGGAUCGACCGGGCUGCGUCUUAGUUUCCCCGACCCGGCUGAUCUCCAGAUUGUGGUGAACGCAUACAUGAGUGGACUGCGCGCGGCGUGGAUCUGGACAAUUGCGCUUUGUGGAUUGGCAUUUUUGAUCUCGUUCACAACCGAAUGGAAGAGCAUUAAGCCAGAAGAUCUGAAGAAAAAGGCGGAGAAGAAAGCGGUCGAUGGAGCUUAA